AUGGACAUGGACCAAUCCUGCUUAAAAGGCUUGGAGAGCCCUCCACAGUCGGCAGAAGAGAAACCUUCCAAGGACUCGUCGCAAAAAGCCAAAGGCCCAAGAAAACGAACAAAGACUGGCUGUCUGACCUGCCGCAAACGACGCAUCAAGUGCGGCGAAGAAAAACCGAGAUGCAACAACUGCAUCAAGUCCAAGCGUGAGUGCGAAGGGUACGGACAGCGAGUUGUCUUCAGACAUCCUGUCGGCCCAAUUCCUCACCUUGGACCUAUCCGCCAGAUCCAGGGCAUGGGCGGGAUGGCCGCCAUGCCCAUGAUGGCCAGCUCGUUUGCGCAUUCCAUGCAACAUCUCGACAGCUCCUCGUCUCGACCCGCCCUUCUACCCAUCGCUCCCCGUCCAACCUACCACCACGCACACCCUGAAGACGGCUCAAGGCAUCACCACUCCUAUUCAGCUGGCUCCGAUCCAUACGCCUCCUCGCAUCAUCACUCCGCCAUCAGUCCGGACCAGCCACCCUACACUUGGGAGUCCGUCUCCUACAGCGAUGGCUCCUAUGUCCCCUCUACCUCCGCUCAACAAUAUACGACCUCCACCACCUCCGCCAGCUAUGUGACUGCCGAUGCCCCUUAUCCCAACCAGGAGUAUGGCUAUGAAGAUUCCGCCGCCUGGCAGGAUACCAGCCAACUCCAACCCUAUGAAGCUGCGGCUGUCUAUCAAGCUCAGCUUUCACUCCAAGGAUUCCAUCCUCCUCCGUCGAUAGUCACGCCAACACCCGAAUAUGUUCGACAAGAUAAUGUUUCUACAGUGAUGCCCAAGUUGGAGUCGAAGGAGACCUUGCUUUUUCCUGAUGACCUGAAACAGCAUAACGUGGUGAUGCACGAUAUUGGUGAGGAGAGUGAUGACUAUUAUGAUGUCGAAACGGAUGGGGAGCUAGAAGAUCCGUAUCCUGUUCCUCCUUCUUCUGCUUACUAUGGGGUAGAAGGUGGCUCGGCGUACCAUUCUGCACUUGCAGUAUCUAAUCCGCCAUUCGCGACUUAUAUGAAUUAUGAUAAUUUAUUGGCCACAUACCGUCCGUCUCCAUUAACAUCCCCCCUUAUCGACCCAGAGGUCGCCAAACUAUUCUCCCACUUCAUAGUCUCUGUUGGCACUGUCAUCUCGAUCUUCGAGCGCAAAAAUGGCAUGGCGCCGCUCAUUUCUUCCCCCGUGCCAACAGAGCAGCAGAGCCUGUUCAGCUAUACCUUGCCCACCAUGGCGUUGGAAAACCACGGCCUGCUGCACUCGAUACUAGCCCUGAGCAGUGCCCAUCUCGCCAACACUACCGGCCAAUCGUCCUCCGCUGCCUUCAGACAUUAUCACUUUGCCCUGCGACGAAUCAGCAAGGCCGUCGGCCUCCCGCAUAAGAGAAAACAAAUAUCUACCCUCGCCGCGACCCUGCUGCUGGGCUUCUUCGAGGUCAUGGCCUCCGAGCACUCGAAAUGGGGUAGCCACGUUGCAGGCGCAUCUCAACUGAUACAGGAGAUUGACUUUGUGGGUAUGACGAGGCGCAUUCGUGCGAUGAGAGCUCUGGCGAGGAAGCAGAAAUCGGUCUCGGGCGCGAAAUCCUGGUUUCGGGCUGAUGAUUUUCGGCUGGAGACGUUCUUCGACAAUGACGUCUACGCACCGAUGGAGAACGAGGUGGACGUAGACCUGGUCAGCACGAUUAUGGGGAGAGAGGCGAACUACGACGGCGUGGCCGGUCAGGUACAAGGCGAAGAUGCAACGCCGGAGACUCAGCAGAGUUUGACUCCCAAGGAUAUAGAAGAGUACAGGAUCAAGACGGAUCUCUGCUGGCAUUACUGCAAGCAAGACCUAUUCCACAGCCUGAUCAGUGGCAAUCCUCUUCUAUUACCGUACGACAAAUGGGCCCAAACUCCGCCACGCUCCCCUGUUGGAAAGAUACAGGCCAUCUACGGAUCCAUGGACCACCUGCUGCUCCUCCUUGCUCGGAUAUCCGCCUUUGGCGUAAGGGACCGGAAGCGAAAACUCAAGGUGAUGGAAGAAAACGGCGGAGAAUGGCGGCCGCCUCCCAAUAUGUUCCCCUCUGGCCGGCGAGGAGGCCCUUCACCAGGCGGUCCGCCGCCCCGGACAGUCCCCGGCGGCCCGUCCAGCCAUGCCCCGGGCGUGGAUAGGGAGAAGAGCCCGCCGAUGUAUGGGAUGCUGCCCGCGAAGCCAGUGCGACUGCUCUCCGGCUUUGCGGGACAGCCCAACGGCGCAUCCGCACCCUCGCCUACCAGUACCGAGGGGACAGAUCUAGACGCUCGCACUGCAGAGGCGGAGGCCGAGUGGCAAGAAAUCGCAACGGCAUGCGAGCGCUUUGAACAGGCCAUGGGCCCGUCCUUUGCCCCGUUGCCCCCGGACGGAGCGCCCUUGAUCACGAGUCCCUUUGGGCCAGCAUUGCAGUAUCGGACACACAUCAUAGGCUGCAUCUGGGGUCUCUACUAUGCAGGCCGCAUCAUCCUCCAUCGAUUCCACCCGUCCAUGCCGCCGGCCGCGACCAAGGCUGCAGGCGCUGCGGCCCCGCGAACGGCCCAAUAUGCCCAAACCAUCGGCCGCAUCGUUGCCGGAAUCCCCUACGACCAGCAGCAUUUCACCUCCGCCAGCACCAAUCUAAACGUUACCAUCGCCGGGGUCCUGAACGAGCUUACCGUCAGCCUGUUCUUUGCAGGGGUGCAGUAUGUCGACCCUGCGCAACGGGCCUGGACCGUGGCAACGCUGCGUGACAUGUCAAGCAUAACGGGCAGCAAAUCUCCAACCGCCAUCGCGCAUGGUUGCGAGACGUCGUGGAUUAAGGCCUUUGAAGCUGGCCGAGGUCCGCCGUACGAACGGCUCGUGUUCGACUAUGACCCGAGCCUCAACCAUCGCGAAGGAACCGUUGCAGAACGCAGUAGCGAUAAUCGCUGGGUUACCGUUCAUCGCGGGAGCUCUAUAUCCUGGGCCAUGGGCUUGUUGUCGCUGGAUAGUGAUUUUACUACUUCGGAUGGCAGUCCUCCCAAGUCGUAG